GAUAAAUUCAAUAUAUAUAUAUAUCUGCGUCAUAAAGGAAUUUAUUAAACAGUCAAUUGGAUCAUGGGGAAUCUGUUCGCUUCAUUAUUUUCAUCACUGUUUGGACAAAAGGAGCGUCGAAUUCUUAUUCUGGGUUUGGACGGUGCUGGGAAAACUACAAUUCUAUAUAGGUUACAAGUUGGAGAAGUAGUCACAACAAUUCCUACAAUCGGUUUCAAUGUAGAAACAGUUGUUUACAAGAAUCUCAAAUUUCAAGUCUGGGAUUUGGGCGGUCAGACGAGCAUUCGUCCCUAUUGGAGAUGUUAUUACAGCAACACAGACGCUAUAAUAUAUGUUGUGGAUAGCGUUGAUCGAGAACGAAUCGGCAUAUCAAAACAAGAAUUAAUAAGUAUGCUGGAAGAAGAAGAAUUGAAAAAAUCACUGCUGUUAGUAUUUGCCAAUAAACAAGACUGUGAACAAGCUAUGUCACCGGCAGAGAUUGCACAAGAGCUCGGACUUUCUAAACUGAGAGAUAGGAAAUGGCAAAUUUUCAAAACAUCCGCAUUAAAAAAUAUUGGACUAGACACAGCAAUGGAAUGGCUUGUGUCUACGCUUCAAUCAAAUUAGGAAUAUCUAUUUAAUAUAAUUUUCUUCAAUAUAUUAGCUUAUAUAAAAAAGCUAAUGAAUUAAUGCUGUGCUAGUUAGAUCACAAUCCGCAACAGUCGGACCAAUAUA